ACCCUAAAUUAUACUAAUAGAAUUGUGACCACCAGCCUCCCGUCUCACUCACAUAUCCCUUGGUGGUGCUCUUCGUCAAGACCCAGCGAGCAACGAGGACAUCUUCUAUCGAGAGUAGCAUCCAGCGAGGAGAAGAUACUACUUCCUAAGUUAGCUACGGAGUCACGGCAUUUCAAAGAAGAUUGAGUGGGGAAAGUGCCGAUCAAUAAGGAAGAUGGAGAAUGAAGAGCUACUGUGUGAGGCGGCCAGAAACGGUGAUGCCGAAACGGUGAAGACUCUCUUAGACAGUGGAGUUGACGCUUCUCAUUUCGAUGGUGAAGGCCUCACUCCGCUUAUGCACGCCGCUAAGCUAGGCCAUGCCGACGUCAUCAAGGCCCUGCUUGAAGCUGGGGCUCCUUGGAAUGCCCUUUCUCCUUCUAAUCUCUCUGCUGGAGAUUUCGCUAUGGAGUUAGGUCACCAGGAGGCUUUUGAUGCUCUCCUUAAUGCCGGGAUUCAAGCUGAGUUGGUUCUAGGAACCAUAGCGAGGAAAGAGAGCAAAAUGGGUGACAGGGAUUACUUGGACGAUAGGGUUAGCUUCAGUGAGGAUAAGCUGAUGGACUCAGAAAGCAAGGCGGUUAUGAUGGCUUGGGAGAAACCAUUAAUGGAGGCUCAUGCUAAAGCUGUUUGUUCAGGAGGUGGUCACAUAUUGAACAUUGGAUUUGGUAUGGGCCUUGUGGAUACAGCCAUUCAGAAAUAUGAACCUACUUCACAUACUAUUGUUGAGGCUCACCCAGAGGUUUAUAAACGUAUGCUUCAAACUGGUUGGGCUAAGAAGAAAAAUGUAAAGAUUAUAUUUGGCCGUUGGCAAGAUGUUCUGCCACAACUUGAUCUUUAUGACGGUAUUUUCUUUGACACAUAUGGAGAGUAUUAUGAGGAUCUAAGGGAGUUCCAACAGCAUCUUCCUGUGUUGUUGAAGCCUGGGGGUAUCUAUUCGUUUUUCAAUGGCCUUUGUGGUGGUAACCCAUUUUUUCAUGUUGUCUACUGCCAGUUAGUGUCGCUAGAACUGGAGAGUUUGGGAUACUCAACGCAACUCAUCUCCUUGCCUGUCAAGGAUUGUCUUGGAGAAGAAGUUUGGGAAGGUGUGAAACACAAAUAUUGGCAACUUGAUACAUAUUAUCUCCCUGUUUGUCAAUCUAUAGAGAAAUCCGAGUAACACAGAAUUUUCAGCUUUUUCCUUAUUUAUUUUGAUUUAGUUAUAUCGGAUCUUAAGGACUACAGAAUCCAUAAUGUAUUGAGUUAGUAGGGCAUGUUACAGUUAACCUCUCUCUCUCUCUCUCUCUCUCUCUCUCUCUCUCUCUUUUCUCUCUCUCUCUCUCUCUCUCGGGUUAUUUAUUUUCUUCUUUUCAGUUACCAAUUGCUAACCAGACUGCCGUAGGUUAUUGAAAACACGAUUCUUAACUUUCUUUUCAGUGAACCAAGAUUGUGAAUUCUUCCUGAACAAGAAUACGAAUUGAAAAUUUAUA